GUUUAUUUUGACUAUAUAAAUUAGAAUUCUAUUAGUGUAUUGACUGGAAUUCUGUCUGAUAAAUUGAUUAUCGAAAGUAAAUGUCAAAGCAAGAAAGUAAUCUAUGUAUAGACGAUAAGUCAGCUACAAAAACUACGGAACCGUCUCAUAAAAAAUCACUUAGUUGUUGUGGAGAGUAUGGGCGUACUGUAGCUCAUAGCCUAUUUCGAAAGAAACAUUUCAAAGAUAUAUUUCAUAAUGAUCUUAAAAAAACUUUAACAACCAUAAGUUUGAUUCUUUAUGGCUUAGCAUGUAUGCUGGAUGGAGGCAUUUAUGUGUCGACUGGUGCUGUAAUAAAUGCACAAACUGGACCGAGUGCUUUUCUUGCUUAUAUUAUAGCUACUUUUGUAGCAAUAUUAAAUUCUCUGAUAUAUUCAGAAUUAGCAUGUCAUGUUCCAAAAGAUGUUGCAUGUUACGGACAUGCACACAGCAUUCUUGGUGAACUCCCAGCAUUCAUAACUGCAUGGUCAACGUUUAUUGAUUACAUACUAAGUGCAUCACUAGUUGCACGUAGUUGGAGCAACAUAAUCGACACUUUUUCAGGAAACAGGAUCAGUUCGUGGAUAAUAAUUACAUUUGGAAGAUUAUCAUCUCCAGAUGGAUUGUUGUCAGAAUAUCCUGAUUUCCUCAGUACGAUAGUGAUUCUUAUUUUUGGCAUUUGUUGUUGUUUUGGACUACGUAAAAAUUUAGCUUUGACCGUGAUCUCAAGUGCCGUUAACGUUGGAGCAUUAUUGAUAGCUACUAUCUAUAUGUUUAUUCAUGCUAAAACAAACCAUUAUUCCAUAAUAUAUCCUGGGAUUACAACAAAUAUUAAAUAUUUUCUACCUUAUGGGAUUCUCGGUUUAUUAAGUGCAACAACAAUUAGUUUCAACGCCUUCGUUAGAUCCAGUGCACCAUCAUCACGUGCACAAGAAGUUAAACGUCCUCCUUAUAGCCUACCUGCAGCCAGUGUAACCAGCAUACUCAUCGUGGGACUCGUCACUACAUUAUCUGCAUUAGCACUGACAUUAUAUUAUCCAUGGUUUUAUGUCGACGCAGAAAAUGCAUUUUUAAAUGCAUUGAAAGAUAACAAAGAAUCUACUGGUGCAAACUUUGGAAGAAUAUUCAUGUUUUGUUUAGUUGGCAGUGGGUUUGUACUUGGAUUACUCACCAGCUUGAUAUCGCCAAUGUUGGCCAGUAUAAAUGUUUGUUUAGCUAUGGUCCAUGAUGGUUUUAUGCCAUUCAUGUUUUCUCGUGUUUGCCGACCCUUCAAGAGACCACUAAUGACGACAAUAUUCAUUAUAAUUUUCACAUGUUUGUUUAGUACAAUAUUUACUGUACAAAGUUUGGCAAGUUUUUUAAGUUUAGGCACAUUAAUUGCCUAUUGUAUUAGUGCCAUCAGUGUCUUAUUUCUACGUUAUCGAUCACAGAUAAAUGAUCCUGAAGAUAUAAAUGAAUAUGAUAAUGCUAAUUGUAAAGGUUUUGAAAACUAUCAGAAUGCAUAUUACAGUAAGCGAAUUGGUCAACCAGGAUUCAUUAAAAAGAAAAUUGGUUUCCGUUUAUCUGAUCGUAUGUUAAAAUUUAUCAAUUCUGGUGUUCCCGGUAGUAUGGUUGUUUUUUUAAUAUCUAUUUAUGUAAUAUUGAGUAUUGCAUUGGUUGGAUGUUUGACCUUUGGAGUAUCUGGUAGAAUAGCAUCAUUUAUGAAGAUCAUUGCUACUGUACUUACUAUUUUACUACUCAUGUUAACUAUCGUUUUCAUCAGUUUUAUUAAACAGUUCAAGUCAAAUGAUGCUACUUUAUAUCGAGACUGUAAUUGGUCAGUCUCAUGUUGGCUUCAUCGAGGCAAUCCGCACAGGAUGCACAUAUGGGAAGAUACAAGUAAAACAACAUCAAGUGAAUUUAAACUUCAUCCCAUUACACAAGCAGGUGGCUAUCAGGACUCAGUAGCUAAGUGUAUAACUCACUGGCGUUUGAAGCGAACAGCACUGGUUUCGAGUCCUGGAGUGAACAUCAAUUCUGGGAUUCAGGUACACCCAGCUGACUAGUCCGACAUAGAACGAAACGCGCGUCCUGGAUCCCAUUGCUAGCUACUAUCUAUCUUUGCUUAAAAACCUAAUCAAAAUAUUGAAAGUGAUUUUGUACGAGAACUAACAUUGACUUGUAAAACAAAACGUUAACUUAGUUCCUUUUCCAUUCUGAUGCUUAUUUAUAUGAAAACUGAAUAGGCAAAUCAGUCUGGUGUUGUCGUUUACAUUGAACAUCAACAUGACAACCAGGUAUAGUUCUAAUGAUGCUGAUAUUUAAAAAAAUAAUUUAAAUGAUAAAUGAAAGAGUCUACCAACAACCAUCUAUUCUGGUUCCGUUGGUUCCACUGCUUCCUUGUUUUACAUUAACGAUAAAUCUACUCCUUCUUUCUCGAAUUUCAUGGUUUAGUUGGGUUCGUUAUGGUAUUUGGAUGUUACUGGGUUUAUUAAUAUAUUUCUUAUAUGGAAUUAAAAAUACUUAUCGAAUAUCAGAAGAAAAUAAAAGUGUAAUUUCAUCAAAUUUUCUUAGUGAUAUAGAAUAUGAAAAGAAAUCAUCAAAAAGUAAUUCAUCAACAGAUGAAUCAAUAGAAUUUGUUGAUCCAAUCAGAUUUUGAUCAAAUGAUUUUCACUAUUAAUUGACAUGAAUUAAAAAUUCGAGAGAAAAAAAAAUUUUUUUUUUAUUUUCUAACAUCAUAUGAUUGGUUAAAUGAGAAACAGCAACAACAACAAACAAAAAACAAAAAACAAAUUAGAGACAGAGAGAGAACUCAUGUUACAUUACAUAGAUACAUAUAGUUCUUUCAAUCAUUUAAGAAGAGAAUAAGAAUAAAGAUUAUAACAGAAUAAUAUGAAUUCAUUUUAUUUAUUUAUUUCAAUAGAAUUCUGAUAUCAUAUAUGUAACAUUUUGUAUUAAAAAAAACAAGAGACAAUAUUAUUUAUUAUAAAGAUUUUUGGUUAAAUUGUAACUUUCUUAUUUAAACAAAUCCGUAUCAAGUAAUUUCUUUAUAAUCUAAUGUUGAAUAUUUGUGGAAAUAACGUUUGAAUGAUAGCGAG